GUAUCGUCCUCUUUUCCACCACAACAGAUAGAAGGGUGAAGAAACUAAAAAAGGAAACAACACACAAAAUGGCUGUUAACGGCGUUAAAAAUGGUAGUCACUAUACUGAAUUGAAUCGACACUACGCAGAAGAAUGCAGCCAAGAUGAUGUUGGGAGUUUCCUCUUCACAUCGGAAUCUGUAGGGGAGGGCCAUCCUGACAAGAUCUGCGAUCAGAUUAGUGAUGCUAUCUUGGAUGCUCACUUGAAGCAAGACCCCAAUGCCAUGGUAGCUUGUGAAAGUGUAACAAAGACUGGCAUGAUCCUUGUCGCUGGAGAAAUUUCUUCCCAAGCCAAUGUGGAUUACCAAAAAGUCAUCAGAGACACCAUCAAACAAAUUGGAUAUGAUGAUUCCUCAAAAGGCUUUGACUACAAGACCUGUAAUGUGUUGAUUGCCCUGGAAGAACAGAGUCCAGACAUCGCCCAAGGUGUCCACGUUGGAAAAGAUCAGGAUGACAUCGGAGCAGGUGACCAGGGUCUCAUGUUUGGUUAUGCCACAGAUGAGACUGCUGAGUGCAUGCCUCUCACUGUUGUUCUCUCCCAUCAGCUUAAUGCCAAGAUUGCUGAGCUCCGCCGCAGCGGUGUGCUUCCCUGGGCAAGACCAGACACAAAGACUCAGGUGACAGUUGAGUACCGAUACAUCAAAGGUGCUGCUGUGCCACAAAGAGUCCACACCAUUGUCAUCUCUGCUCAACAUGACGAAAACGUCACUCUUGAACAGCUGAGGAAAGAUUUGAGAGAAAAGGUUAUCCAGGCUGUCAUCCCCUCUAAGUACUUGGAUAGUAACACUGUAUUCCAUCUGCAACCCUCUGGAAAAUUCAUCAUUGGAGGACCUCAGGGUGAUGCUGGUCUUACUGGACGUAAAAUCAUUGUCGAUACAUAUGGUGGAUGGGGUGCCCACGGCGGUGGUGCCUUCUCUGGCAAAGAUUUCUCCAAGGUGGACAGGUCUGCUGCAUAUGCUGCUCGCUGGGUUGCUAAGUCUCUUGUCAAGGCUGGUCUGUGCAAGCGUGUUUUAGUUCAGGUUUCAUAUGCCAUUGGCAUUGCUGAGCCCUUGUCCAUCACAGUCUUCAGCUAUGGUACCUCACAGAAAUCAGAGCGAGAACUUCUGGAUAUAGUUAAAAAGAACUUUGACCUCAGGCCCGGACGCAUUGUCAAGGAGCUGAAACUGAGAAACCCAAUCUACCAGAACACUGCCUGCUAUGGACAUUUUGGACGCAAUGAGUUCACCUGGGAACAGCCCAAGAAGUUGAUAUUCUAAGAUUCUUGCUGCUUAGUAUGGAUGUGUCUGGACCAGUAUUUUGUUGUGGGAUUUUUAAAAACUUUUUUUUUACAUUUUAUUUUUGUACAAGGGGUAGAACAUUGGCCAUAACUUCAGUAACAUCAAAUCCAAAAUUUUUAUUGGUUGUUAUUGCUCAAUUUGACAUUGUUGGAGCUUUAGUAGAGAAUUGGUUCUGCAUGAUUCAGUGAUACCCAGCAAAAUCAUUGUUGAUUCACAGUGAAACCAAUUCUACUAAGAUAAGGACUGGUGGCAGAUCUCUCUGCCAAGCUCAAAACCAGGGCCCUGUUAUAGAGGCAGGGCUAUUGGUUCCACAAGUUAUAGGCUUAUAGUUCUCUACUUCUUGUACCAGGUUCAUGUCUUCGGCUUUGAACUUGUGGGGUAAAUUUUAGAUGUAGAAUUCCAUUCCUGUAUGUAAAGUUUUUUUCUAGCUGUCUGAGCCAGGCAGAUAUGUGCUUUUUGUGCAUAUCUUUCCCUGGCUGUUCAUAAAGUUGUCCCCACUUUUUUUUUUCUUUUUUUUUUUUUUUACACAAGCAUCUAUGUAGACCAACCUUGGGAUUUUGGGGCUUUUGGCCCUGUAUGCCACAGUAAUUAGAAGGAUAGGCUGACGUGGACGACAUACCAUAGAUUUUUUGUUGUUUUUUUUAACAUAGUAGUGGUGUGUUUGUAUUGGUACUGUUGUCUGCCUUGGCUUUGUUGCUGCCUUCUAGUUAUUGCAAAUGUGCUAACUUUUUUUUUCUUCUACCAGUCCUAAGCACGUUUGUCUUGUGUUUAUGAAAAUUCAUGGAAAAGAGCACUCUUUAUAAACACUCGGGCCUACAUCCCAAUGAUGCAGCUACAUUUUUGAAGUGUGUUACUUGGGUUUUUGUUGGGGUUUUUUUUUUCUUUUUUACAUUGAAUGUUCACAUGAAUGAUGUUAUGUUGCCAUAGUUCAGUUCAUUUUUCUUCGUACAUAUGAAAUACUAAAAUAUUUUCAUUUUAGAGCAGAAUAUGUGUUCCUCUUACUUAAAAUGGGGUAGUAUGGGUAGGUGCUACCAUACAUAAUCUAGCUGUUAUAUCUGAAUAGAAGCUUUAUUCUCCAUUGGUUUAUGGAUUCAUCCCCAAUCUCUGAUAGACCUAGUGAGAUUUUUUUCACAGAGGAUAAUUUGUCUUCAGCCUCUUUGUCUUUCAGUUCGUUUUGACUGAGUUCCUUCUUUGACCACCUCUGUUGAGUCCAUUGCAUUACUGUAAAGAACUCAUUUGAUGUAUCCACGGUUUUAAUAAACGCAGUUUUUAGUUCUUUGUUAUCUUCUAUAUUUUUCGGUCAAUAUUUAUAUAACCAGUGGAUUGACUUUAUACUUUACAGUACCAACGUGAGAUGAUUGCGAGUGAUCUCAGUAUACAUGUAUGGCUGGAGUGGUAGCUUUUUUUAAAUGAGUAUUUGUGCAAAUGUUCCGUGCGAUGUGUGAUGGAUUUGGUACAAAACUGACUAAAAAGCCAUAAUAAAAACUAUAAAUUAUGAAA